GAAACCAAAAUGUGUUAGAAAAAAAUGGUUCGGGAGAAGAUCAAACUGAGCAUUUUUCCGUAUUCUCUAUCAGUAGACAAAUUUGUGGAUUUUAUCGGAAAUGUCAGCCAUGUUGAAUUUCUUGGAAUUUUCUUGGGCUUGUUGGUAGUUUUUUAUGGAUUGAUCCUAAUCAUCCACAUGAUUUUCUCCAAAAAAUCCGAAUGUGAGGAAGACCAAAGUUCUUUGAAACCUCUGCUUUCGAUUUAUCGUACCAUUACCAAGAGAAUUUUCACAGUUGUUCAUGGAAUCACUCUGGUAAACGGAUUAUCUCAUUUUUUCAAUGUCGGUUGGCUUGUAACAGUGUUGUGGUACCCCAUGUGGAUUGCUCUUUACUCUAUUAAAGUUUUCACUGAAAUGUACUUAAUCGUCAUUUCCUUCUUCUCAAUUUCAAGAUGCUUCGUAUUUUUCUCACUGGCAAAACCAAGUGUAGAGCUUACGCAAGACUGUGUCAAGGCUGGAAUUCGAUUUGUUCUGGGUAUACUUGUUCUCAAGGACCUUGUUUUGUAUGUUUCGUUGAUUAUUGUUUCCGAGGCUGAGAAGUUUGAGAAAAUUGGAACCAUCAUUGACUAUUACUGUGGAAUCUAUCUGUUCUGUCAGCUUCUUCUAUUUGUCGCUGGCCUUUCCCAGCUCCCAAUUAUGCGUGAAAAAUCGAAGGCUGAAAUCCCACAUCAAGAGAAACUAAUUUACUCCCACACUUUUGCAAUCGCAAUUUUGAAAUUGGUUCUCAUCAUUUCUCUAUUUGUUUCGGGAAGUUUUAUAAAUUAUGAGAUUAUCAUGUCAAUCUUUGUGACCUCCGAUUUGUUUUUGGUCCCAACUGUGGUUCUUAUUUUUGAAGUGUUCUGUCGUCCUAAGCAAGUCGUCUUUCCGGAAGUGCAAAUGACUUAUUCAAACAAGAAACCAAUGAGCUGGGAAAAUUCGGAUCCAUUUUCCAAGUAAUUUAUUUUGAUGAAUAAAGUGGAUUUCUGUUAA